AUGACCUUCAAAAAAGUUAGGUUUCUUACUCCCGAAGAGCCAUAUCUUGGCGAUAUCGCCUCCACCUGCUCUACCUACAGCAGCGAUGCCAGCGAAGACGGUCCGGUAGCGCUAGGGCGUGCUUCUGAUAAGGGUCUGAUCGACUGGUUGGUCUCUUACGUCCCAUUGGAGUUGUGGACUCCUCCUGCAUUGUCGAGGAAACCCAGGAUGAAAGGAGUUGUCGGAUUGGAAAACUAUCUGAAGUUUAAAAGUAAGAACGGCUUUUUUCUUACCGACCACGAAAAGCUUAAUGAUUUGUUCGCACAAAGGGAUCAAGUAUACGACCUUUGUUUCAACGGCCACUUCGACGAGAUAGGGAGUAUGCUGGCCGACAUGUAUGCUAUGGAAUGCCAGCAAACAUCCGGAAAUGUUGCCCGGACUCCGCAAGUAACUUUACCCGGAGGGGAAUGUUCCACCUACGCGGAGACAGCACCCGGAACAAGGUAUGGCGAUUCCUACGACUGCGGAUGGGAUGAUCCUAGUUCGGCCGAGUCAGCGGAAGAUCCCUAUGACUGUGGGUGGGAUCGUCAUACGGAUGAUCAAGGCAUCCCGCAAUCAUGUGGGUCAGCGGAAGAUGCUUAUGACUGCGGUUGGGAUCAUCUUAUGGAUGAUCAAGCCAUCCUGCAAUCGAGUGAGUCAGCAGAAGAUGCCUAUGAUUGCGGAUGGGAUCAUCCAAUGGAUGAUCAGGCCAUCCUGCAAUCGGGUGAGCCGGCAGCGGAUGCCUAUGAUUGUGGGUGGGAUCAUCCGAUGGAUGACCAGGCCAUCCUGCAAUCGGGUGAGCCGGCAGCGGAUCCCUACGACUGUGGAUGGGACAACCAUAUGAAUGCGACAGAAGCCUCUUCAAAUGUGACAGAGGAAUAUGUUGGCAUAGUAGCAUCCGAAGAUGGAGGAUCGGCAGGGGAUGAUCCGUAUGACUGUGGAUGGGCUGCCCCGGAAGUCAGCAGACAAACUGCCACCGGCAGUAACACAGUGAAUGCAUUUGCCUCUUCCGGUGAGCAAGCAGAGCAUUGGCCGAGGUUGCUAGAAGACAAUGAAACAAAUGUCUUCGAGCAUGCAGAACACUCUAUGAGGUCUGCGAUCCGAAUCUUGCAUGACAUUCGGCCUAACAAUAUUCAUCACAAUGCAAACGGCAUUGCAACAACUGCCGAGCAUGUCCUCGACCCCAUGUUGAUACCGACCUCCUUCGGGACUCAAGGCAGUAUAGGGGCUCACACGGAGGCAAGAAACAGAGUGGCGGAACUGGGUGAGGACAUUGCAGCUGUCCACCAUUUACUCAACGUCCACUGCCGCAUUAUGACGCAGCUGGAUGUCCUGAUAGCAAACUGUGCAAAGUGA